AUGUCUGAUGUCUCUGAGGAUCGUCAUAGUGGCGACAAUGAGCACUCAGCUGUUCUCCUCAAACCAGGUCCCGAUACCAAUGCUUCCAUCCUGGCCGAAAUAAAUCGUCUCAGACGGGCGGGAAUGUGGUGUGACGUUGUACUCACGUCCUCAGAUGGCGUAGAGUUCCCCGCUCAUAAGGUUGUUCUCUCGGCCUUCAGUACCUAUCUAGCUACACUUCUAUCGAGUAGUAGUGGCUUCAGAGAGGCCUCUACCUCCUACUCUGCUAUGAUGCAUGAUAAUGAUUAUGACGCUCUUCAUCUAAGGAUUGACUCCCUGGAUUCAGAGCUUCUGGGAUGCAUCCUAGACUUUGCUUACGGUUGCGAUACUACCUUGCCUUCGGCACGCCUACCAGAGCUGCUCCUGGCUGCUCACCGUUUCGAGAUGCGUCGUAUCCUCGUGCCUACUGCAGAGAUACUCAGUAGCGUACUCGACAUCGACCUAUGCAUACGCCUCUUGGUGGAGUGCGGUCCGGUCAUGCAGGAUACUGACUCACUAUGGAUGGCCGUAUCGAAGUAUGCUGGCAAGAGGUUUGGCAAGCUGGUGGCAUCUCCAAACUUCCCAAGACUCCCAGUCUCGAUCCUCAUGCUCCUGUUAUUGGAUGAUGACCUUAAAUGUGGUAUAUCCAAUUCUAUAGUAUUCAGGGAAGGUGCUACUGAUCGUCAACUUAGUGAGGAUCAG